ACGCUUGGAAUGGAGCUUCUAAAGUGCCCUUCAAUCUUCGCUGUUACAACUGUCAUGAGGAAGGACACUAUGCUAGGAACUGCCCGAAGCCACCCAUGAACAGAGAUCAGAAUCCUACUAUUCCUGCACAACCAGCUACUCCUAAUCGAGAAAGGGCUCUUGUGUCUACUACAAGUAUAGCAGAUGCAGCUGCCUCUGGAAGUCCACAGCCGCAGGGAUUAGCACAAGCGCUGGUGGUGCAGCCAAAUGUCAACUUUGACUGGUCUUCUGAGAUUGAGCGUCUGAACAUAUCAGCUCCAGAUAAUCAAGCUGCAACUUCUAACAUUGCUUUCAUGACCUCAAACGAGCAUGACCCUGAGCCACAGGAAGAGACUGCUGCUGACGAUUUCGCUUUCAUGACUCAAAUCCUGUCAGCACCUGUCAAAGGUCUCACCAAAGAAGAGAUGAUAGCUCAGAAGUAAGAUGUGAUGAUGUUCAUGGGAGUGAACCAGUUAUUGUUUCAAACAUUUCUGAACCUUAUUUUGAAUAUUAUUCUGAACCAACUGAGUCAGAC